AAACCCAGGUUGAAAUAUUGAAAGUUGAAACUCCAAAACUUUGCAUCACUCAUAAGCUCUUCUCCUUCAUCUUCACCACCACUGAUCUGCAUUCGGAAAUGGAAAAGAAAAAUCACACGCCCAAUAAUAAGCAAAAUCCUGUCUCCAUCCUUUCUUUUCUUCUUCUUCUCCUUUCUCCAUCUCAGGGCCUGACUUUUCCUCAGGACAUUUUAGCUCUCAAAGCCUUCAAGGCCUCCAUCAAGCCAAGUUCAAUCCCUUCAUGGUCUUGUCUCGCUUCAUGGGACUUCGCCACCGAUCCUUGCGCCAUCCCUCGCCGCACCCAUUUCACUUGCGGCGUUACUUGCUCGGUUGACUCAACUCGUGUCACCCAAAUCACUCUUGAUCCUGCUGGUUACUCCGGCCAACUCACCCCACUCGUUUCCAAGCUCACUCAGCUCUCUUAUCUUGACCUUUCUGAUAACAAGCUCUUUGGCUCUAUACCUUCUUCAGUUUCUUCUCUACGUAAUCUUCAGAGUCUGAUUCUCAAAUCCAACUCGUUCUCAGGUUCAAUUCCUGACUCGGUUGCGGCUCUCAAAUCACUUGAGUUCUUGGACCUUUCACAUAAUUCUCUUUCUGGACCUUUGCCGAAAACCCUGAACUCACUUUCUAGUUUGAGGAGACUCGAUAUGAGUUACAACAAACUCACUGGUUUUCUGCCAAAGCUACCACCCAACUUAUUAGAGCUUGCUCUAAAGGGAAAUUAUUUAUCCGGGUACAUCUCAGAAUCAUCUUUCGAUGGGUUAACUCAACUGGAAGUUAUCGAGCUCAGUGAAAACUCGUUAACCGGGACACUCGGAGCUUGGUUCUUUCUCUUACCGUCAUUACAACAGGUGGAUUUAGCCAAUAAUAGCUUCACACGUGUCGAGAUCUCGAAGCCCGGUGGCAACAGCGACCUCGUGGCCGUCAAUCUCGGGUUCAACAAAAUCGAGGGAAACGCCCCUGCCAGCUUCGCUGACUACCCUCUGCUGUCAUCUUUGUCGUUGCGUUACAACCGCUUACGUGGCGCCAUUCCAUUGGAAUACAGCAAGAAGAAGUCGUUGCGACGGUUGUUUUUGGAUGGAAAUUUUUUGAUCGGGAAACCUCCGUCGGAGUUUUUCGCCGGAAAGACGUCGGUUUCCGGUAGCUUGGGGGACAAUUGUCUAGAGGGGUGUCCGGGAUCUUCCCAGCUAUGCAGUCCACUACAAAAAUCUAACGCAGUUUGCAAGCAAGCUUAUGGUGGAAAACCGAGGUCUUAGUGUCAGAUUUGUCGGACCAUUUUCUCAUUUUUUAAUUAGAGUAAAAUUAAAAAUAUCAUUAAACUAU